CGAGCUCAGCUCCUGGAACAGCUGAAAUGUCUGGACCAGCAGUCAGAGGCCAGGGUGCAGCUCCUCCAGGAUCUGCAGGACUUCUUCCGGAAAAAAUCCGAGAUCGAGAUGGACUACUCGAAGAACCUGGAGAAGCUGGCUGAACGUUUCAUGGCCAAAACCAGGAGCGCCAAGGACCACCUGCAGUUCAAGAAGGACCAGAACAUUCUGUCUCCAGUGAACUGUUGGUAUUUGCUGCUGAACCAGGUGCGGAGGGAGAGCAAGGAUCACACCACACUGAGCGAUAUCUAUCUCAACAACAUCAUCCCACGCUUCGCUCAAGUCAGUGAUGACUCUGUCCGCCUCUUCAAGAAGAGUAAGGAGAUCGGUGGACAGCUACAUGAAGAUCUGAUGAAAGUUUUGAAUGAGUUGUACACGGUUAUGAAGACCUACCAUAUGUACAAUGCUGACUGUAUCAGUGCGGAGGGCAAGCUGAAGGAGGCCGAGAAACAGGAAGAGAAACAGAUUGGCCGCUCGGUGAAGCAGGAUGACCGGAUGCUUGGCCGUUCCCCAGACCCAGCAGCAAAUGUACGAUUCGAGGAGAAGCACCAGAGACGGAGCUCCGUCCGAAAGAUUGAGAAAAUGAAGGAGAAGCGUCAGGCAAAAUACACAGAGAACAAACUCAAGGCUAUGAAGGCAAGAAAUGAGUACAUUCUGGCACUGGAAGCCACCAACAGCUCUGUCUUCAAGUAUUACAUCCACGAUCUGAACGACCUACUUGAUUGCUGUGACCUCGGCUACCAUGCCAGUCUGAACCGGGCAAUGAGGACAUUUCUGUCAGCAGAGAUUAACGUUGAGCAGUCUAAGCACGAAGGGCUAGAAAUCAUUGAAAAUGCAAUUGACAAUCUGGACGCGAGCAACGACAAGCAGCGGCUUAUGGAGUUGUACCACACCGUGUUCUGUCUGCCACCAAAAUUUGAUUUCCAGUCACACAUGGGGGAUGGGGUCUCACAUCUGUGUGCCCAGCAGCCCGUUCAAGGGGAACUGGUUUUACGAUGCCAGCAACUGCAGUCCAGGUUGGCCACUCUGAAGAUUGAGAAUGAGGAGGUAAAGAAGACCAUGGAGGCUACGCUACAGACAAUCCAGGACAUGGUCACGGUCGAAGACUUUGAUGUGUCUGACUGCUUCCAGUACACAAACUCCACCGAGUCUGUCAAAUCCACCCUUUCGGAAACAUUCAUGAGUAAGCCUAGUAUCGCCAAGAGACGAGCCAAUCAACAGGAAACAGAGCAAUUCUACUUCACGAAACUGAAAGAAUAUUUUGAAGGCAGAAACCUGAUCACCAAACUACAGGCAAAACAUGACCUUCUACAGAAGACUCUAGGAGAAAGUCAGAAGACAGAUUAUUCCCUUGCCAGUGGACGAUGGAAUUCCAGUGUGAGGAAACAGGAUGGCAAUCAGAUCAUUCCUCUUGUGGUGGAAAGCUGCAUCCGUUUCAUUAGCCGACACGGUCUGCAGCACGAAGGAAUUUUCCGAGUAUCAGGAUCACAGAUUGAAGUGAAUGAUAUCAAAAACGCCUUUGAGCGCGGUGAGGACCCCUUGGCGGGAGAUCAGAAUGACCAUGAUAUGGACUCAAUAGCAGGAGUGCUGAAGCUACACUUCCGAGGAUUGGCUAGCCCGCUCUUCCCCAAAGAGAUUUUCCACGACUUAAUUUCCUGCGUCACAAUUGAAAAUCUCACCGAACGAGCUCAGCAAAUCCGUAAAGUUCUCCUGUGUUUGCCAAAACCCACCAUCAUCAUGAUGCGUUACCUGUUUGCCUUCCUUAGUCACUUGUCGCAGUUCAGUGAGGAGAACAUGAUGGAUCCGUAUAACCUGGCAAUCUGCUUUGGACCCACUCUGAUGUCGGUGCCUGAAGGCCAUGACCAAGUUUCCUGUCAGGCCCAUGUCAAUGAACUCAUCAAAUCCAUCAUCCUGCACCAUGACAGCAUCUUCCCUGGACCGAAGGAGCUGGAUGGGCCUGUGUAUGACAAGGGGGCCACAGCAGAGGAUUACUGUGAGAGCCCUCAUGGAGACCCUGCCUCGGCUGAAGAUGUUGUGCAAGAUGUUGGAACAGAACCUCAUACAAGUGAAGACGAAGGUGAGCCGAUAGAAGCCAUUGCAAAGUUUGAUUACACUGGACGCACAGCUCGGGAGCUCUCCUUUAAGAAAGGCGCGAGCCUCCUGCUCUAUCACCGAGCUUCUGAGGAUUGGUGGGAGGGUCGGCAUAAUGGAAUAGACGGACUUGUCCCACAUCAAUACAUUGUGGUCCAGGACACUGACGACACAUUCUCUGACCAGUUGAGCCCAAAGGAUGACGUUGAGCCGAGCAGUGCCCCUCCCCCGGUGGAACAGCCCCUGUGUAAAGGCAGCGUCAGUUCACCAACAGGACAUGUUGCUGAUAUCUACUUAGCGAACUUGAACAGGCAGAAGAAGAAGGCCGAGGCUAGCAGUGUCCGCCGCUCUUUCCGAUCCACUGAAGGACCUGGUGUCGCUGGCCAUGGGCUCGUGCCAGCUCCUACAGACAGAGAACCACAAACCUCAGCCAGUCCCCGGAGCUCUGCCCAGGAUAUUGAGGCCACAAUGAAUUCAGCCCUUAAUGAGCUCCGGGAACUGGAGCGUCAGAGCACAGUGAAACAUGCCCCUGACGUGGUCCUAGACACCCUGGAACCCAUGAAGACGUCUCCAUCAGUGGCUCCUACAUCUGAACCUUCCAGCCCCCUGCAUUCCCGCAUCCUGAAGGACUCGGAGUCUUCUCUGCAGAGGAGUGCCAGUUCCUCCGGGGAUAUGCCAUGCACCUUCAGGCCAGUGAAGUCUGUGAAAAUAGCAGCCCAGGUGAAGCCUCCCGCACUGAGGCCCAAACCUGUCGUCUUUCCAAAAACCAACCCAAGCACCCCCAGCCUCGGCUCACCGACCACACAGCAACCGACAGACAAGUCCUGCACUGUGUGAGAGCCUCCGCAUAGACACAUGGAUGAUUGAAAGAGUUGCUGUUUGUUUGUUUGUGAACAGGGAAAAGGGGGACCAAACUGGCAUCUUCAAUCAACGUUGAGCUGGAGAAGCUGGCUUUGUGAUUGGAGUUUGGCAGCGUUCUCCAUCCAGAAUGCCAAUCCGUUCUGACUUGUCGUGAACUCUAGAUCUUCCUUCCAUUUCACACGAUGCAUUAAACCAGCAAAGGCCAACUUUUGCUUCAACAUAAUAUUUCUGUCUUCACAGUGAAACUAGGAACAAACCUAACACAGACAUCAUUCAGUCCUUCAAACCAAAUAAAUCUUUGAGUUGGUGUGUGCUCCAUCGGUCUCUCCAAUGUUCUGAAAUCCAUAACUUCCCAGACUUUUGCCCAUGUACCUACAGGAUUCAACACUCAUCCUGUGCCAUCGUGUUUGGUUAUUGAAGGAAAAGCAAAACAGCAACAAAAUCGUUUGUUGCCAUGAAGAGCAACAGUUUUAUUGUUUUGGUUAAAUCUUCAUGACUGCUACGGUGACACGGGUAUUUUGGGGCCAUUGGUUUGGCUCAAAAACUCACCACCAAAAAGUCACAUCCCUCGACAUGGAAUGUGUGAAACCACCAGUUCUUAAAAGAAGAGAAAUUGGAAUCCAGGACUAGCUGUGUCCUCCUUAGCGUUUAAUGUUAUUUUUUUGAAGGCUGAGUACAUUUAUAGAAUGAAACAAAUAACAAGGCUCACCCUUUCAUGUGUAUUGGGAGCCAAGCCUUGUUAGCAGUUUCAGAGUUUAGCACAACGAAGUUCCAAUUGCUGCAAUUAAUUUUUAAGUUUUUUUUAAUGGACUUUUAUUGUGAACAGUUCAUUGUAAAUGGUGAAUUAUAUUUUGAAAGAUUCAUGGUAUUGAAAACUGGAAAUGUUUUGUAGGUUAGCUGAAAAAAACUAUUUUUAAGGGAGAUGUUCUUGAACACCCUCGGAUGCUGUACUGUAAAAGGACCACAGCACAAUCAACAAACUGGCUUUUUAUUCCCAAAAUCUUUCAUUCAUUUAUUUGUGAUCUUAGAAAUGUUUAAAUUAAUUUUGAUUCUUAGUAAUUCCUUUUAUUUUGUCGAUGAAAUGUUCCAGCCUGUUGCCAAUAUUUUUGUGCUCAGUGUUUGACUAAAGUCUGAGAGAGUGAAUGAUGAUAUCUUUUAAGUCUGAGUGUGGAGAAUUGUUAAAACUGUCAGAAUGACAGGGAGAUUCAUGGCAUGGCCCAGUGUUAGCCUCUUUCCCUCUGUGCUGAGGUGUCUGAUCUCAGGAAUUGCGAUUGAGCUGACUGCUUCUGGGUUAGGAGAGAGAAGCAAGCCUUAAGCCGCUCUUAUUCCUCAGUAAAUGAGUACUCUCUCCCAGCCAACUGUCCCAGUGGAAAUGCAGCGAUAUUCUCCUGAGUAAGUGCAGGACUGGGACUGUCCCAUGGUAGGAAGGCAUUGGAACAUGCUCUAUCCAGGUGCCUGUUCCAUGAAAGGAGCAGGGAACAUGUGGGACUCCAUCCCCUGACAACUGUCGGAGAUUUCCCUGCAGCUGCUGCCCAAAGUGAGAAACCCGAGGAAGCAGGCAGCUCCUUCCAGAAACUGGGACCUCGCUCCGUCCACAGAUAGGAAUAAGAAGCACUUACCGAACCUCCUGGAACCUAACCCCUGCCCUGCCCACCUGCCCCACAAUGCACAAUGUUCGUUGUGGAGAACAGUGAGAAACUUCCGGGAAUAUUCCAAGGUGUUUAACAAAUGUCUGAAAGGAACUUAAUCAAUCAUUGGCUCCCCCCCACAACUCAACCCACUCAAUGAAAUGUUACAAUAAAUAAAACAAUCCUUUUACUUACCCAGUGGGAGAAUUCGUUGUAGCUGCUUGGUUUCAGAAUCUGGCCUCACCAGUGCCCAAUAACUGAGCUGCAAAAAUGACAGCUUUCAUUGAAAGAAACUGAAUACUGAGACAGCUGAAAAUAUCCUCCGUAUGUGUGGGGACAACGAUGGAUCAUCACAAACUCCCCCUUACCCUCAAAUGGCCCAUCACAUCCCCUCUAACCCUCUUCUCACCUUCUAUAGAUACCCCAUUCUCUGGUCUGCUAAAAAUACCCCCAACUGCCUUGACCAGCUCCAGCUACCCUCUCCUCUGAACUGCCUCUGAUACCUGCACUGCUCUAAACCAGCCCCCCAACUCCCUCUGCAGUGAGAGUAUUUAUAGCCCUAUUCUAAAUCUUGUGGGCUGCUGAUUCCCACUUGAUCCUGGGGUAGAGGCUGAAGGGCAGGACUGGGAUUAGAGGGGGUGACACUGAGGGUAAUUAUUGGUGCGGGGUGGGGUAGUCAGCAGGUGGAGUCAGGCGCUCACAGACAAUUCACGGCUCACAGGGGAACUGAUCAAAUCCAUUGUUAUUGACAAAAACCAAAACAAAACUGUAGAUGCUGUGAAUUAGGACCAAAAACAGAAAUCGCUGGAAAACCUCAUCAGGUCUGGCAGCAUCUGUGAAGAGAAACCAGAGUUAACGUUUCAGUUCUGAGGAAGGGUCACUGGACCGAGAAUGUUAACGCUGAUUUUUCUCCAUAGAUGCUGCCAGACUUGCUGAGCUUUUCCAGCAAUUUCUGUUUUUGUUCCAUUGUUAUCGAUCUUUGGCCACAAGGGUCAUAGCUCAGAGAGGCUCGAACAGCCUGGAAUGGAAUUGGUUUUGGAGUGUUGGUGCUGAGGGAUGGCUCACACCUUCACAAACCGGGGAGUUAAAAGAUUCAAUAUUGCAAAGUGACGUGAGAAAACUCUCAUUUCAAAUCCCUGUCCUUUGGAUGACCCACUCCUGGUCUGACAAUGAGGGUGAGGCGGGUAGAGUGAGUGUGAGGACAAUAGACAUUUCUCCUGUUAGACAUUAACACCAGCCACCCUCUCCCAGCUCCUCCAUCCGUCCCUCAGGCCAACUUAGUAUCAACUGUGGGCUUGGUCAUUAGCUACCUAGAUCAACAGUGGGGGGGUGUGACCCUCAAUCCUGGCAGGGUAAGCCCCUGUUAGAUACAGUAUGCCCCGUUCCCAAUUGGUACAGACGUAUCCAUCGACAGGUUCUGAUCCCUUCAAACUCGGAAACCUCCCAGAUUUGAUCCCUGAUUAGGUUGGCCCUAUGGAUCAAAGCACCAUGCAGUUAAGCUUCAUUUCCUAUACAAAUCAGGCUGAACCCAGCACUGAUCACUCUACACUGACUCCUAGUGGACAGUGUGGAGGUGAAAUGUGAUGCUUCCUACAGUGGAACAGCGUGUAGCCACGCACACGAGACACAGCCUUGGGCUAGAUCCCAGAUUGGUCAUUGUCACAAAGCCAGUAGCUUCAGGGAGAAGUGGGAGCAGUGUCUGGUCAAGUUUCUCGUGACUCCCUAUCAUUCAGUAUCAGGAAUCUGGCUCACUAAUGGCUGGGGGAGUUCCUACCCAAUGAUGUUGAUGUGUUCAGACCACUGCAUAACUAAGGCUGUAAUAAUUAAUUGUAUGGAGUAUUUGUGUAUAUGUAACUACACAGUGACUGUAAGGUACAGCAUUUUCUGGUACAGUAUUGUGCAGAAUAUUAGAUAUUAGUGUCAAAACAAUAAAUCUCAUUUAGUC